UCCACCAUGCCCACGGCUCGCCACCAAACACUCCGCGCCCGCCCGCUGCCUCUUCCGUUCAAAUCUCCCGCUCGCUUGGGGGCGGUGCUGCCGGGCCGCGCGUCGCUCCGCCUCCGCCGGGCGGCCGUGUCCCGGCCCUCUCAUCACGCCUUGAUCUUUGAGCUUAGAGGAGCAUCUUCGUGGAUGGGAACAGUAACCAUGUGAACGUUAACCAACAGGCCUUGUUUUGCGAGACACUGCAGAGAAAACACGGUAUAUCCUAUUUCUGUUGCUCUCAAGUGUGAACUUCUAGUGUCCUCAAAUACAUAAUUCAGUUAUCACUGGAUUCCUUUUAUUGUUUAAAACACCCUUUCAAGUAUGUCGUUUUGUGAUACUUCGUGCACAAUUGGAAGUUCAGCCUUAGUAGAUUAAAUACGUAAUAGGUUUUGGAGGUUGUCCAAGUCUGUUUACACAAGGAAAAGAUUCAUUUCAUUGCUGCAUUUGAGAUAUGAGAGGAUCGACAUGAUAUGAACAAGUGAAAGGCCAAAUGAUAUGCUGCACCUCUCUCAUGGCAGGUCUACUCUAUAUCUUUGCAUAACCAGCCAGCUCUGUCCCCAGACUGCUGCUUGUCUUGACGUUUUCUACAGAAACCUCAGAGACAAAGAGGAUGGAUAAGAUGAUGGCAGUUACUCAUUUUCCUGAAGACAGAAUUUAUCAUAAGGCAGAUAAAAGCACAGAAGAAAUAUCUGUACUUAUUAGAAACCUCAGUUGUUCUGCACGGAUAAGGAAACAAAUAAAGGGCUUCGAACCGGGGGAACUUCUGUUCAAAGACGGCUCCAAACUCCCGUUGACAGGAAGACUACAGAUAAGUAAGGCUCAUGCAAGCAAAGACCUGGAAGAGCAGUUGCGGUCCGUGUCCAGUGUGGAUGAACUCAUGACAGUACUUUACCCAGAAUACUGGAAAAUGUUCAAAUGUCAACUGAGGAAAGGAGGUUGGCAGCACAACAGGGAACACUCCAGGUUUGACACACGAUCAGAUGAUUCACUGAAAUUUGCUGCAGCACACUAUAAUGCAGAGAUCCUGAAAAGUAUUGAUACUGAAUGGAGAAAAACUCAGUGCAUGCCACGUGAAGUUUGCGUGGAUGUGGGAAAAGAGUUUGGAGCAACUACAAACACCUUCUUUAAACCCCCAUGUGUAUCCAUCUACAGAUGUGGAGGUUGCUGCAAUAGUGAAGGACUCCAGUGUAUGAAUAUCAGCACAAAUUACAUCAGCAAGACAUUGUUUGAGAUUACAGUGCCACUCUCUCAUGGCCCUAAACCUGUAACCGUCAGUUUUGCCAAUCACACGUCCUGCCGAUGCAUGUCCAAGUUGGAUGUCUACAGACAAGUUCAUUCUAUCAUAAGACGUGCCUUGCCAGCAACACAAACUCAGUGCCACAUGGCAAACAAGACCUGUCCAAAAAAUCAUAUCUGGAAUAAUCAAAUUUGCCGAUGUUUGGCACAACACGAUUUUGGUUUCUCUUCUCACCUUGGAGAUACUGACACUUUCGAAGGAUUCCAUAUUUGUGGACCAAACAAAGAGCUGGAUGAAGAAACCUGUCAAUGCGUCUGCAAAGGAGGUGUGCGGCCCUCAAGCUGUGGACCUCACAAAGAAUUAGAUAAAGCAUCAUGUCAGUGCAUGUGCAAAAACAAACUUCUCCCUACUUCCUGUGGGCCCAACAAAGAAUUUGAUGAAGAUAAAUGCCAGUGUGUAUGUAAAAAGACCUGUCCUAAACAUCAGCCACUAAAUCCUUCAAAAUGCACCUGUGAAUGUAUAGAAUCUCCCAAUAAAUGCUUCUUAAAAGGAAAAAGGUUCCAUCACCAGACAUGCAGUUGUUACAGACCACCAUGUACAGUUCGAACGAAACGCUGCGAUGCUGGAUUUUAUUUCAGUGAAGAAGUGUGCCGCUGUGUACCUACAUACUGGAAAAGACCACUUAUGAAUUAGUGAAGAGAGCACUACUUGCUAUUUUGGUGUACAUUUUUCCAUUAGAACAAAAGAACAACAGAAACUUUGCUAAUAUUUGGAAUUAAAUGUUCACCAGAGACCCUGUGGGCCUUUCAGGGACAGACACAUUAUGCUUUUUUCAAGAUGUGGAAAGCAAAUGUAGAAGAUAACUGGGGUCCAUGUUUUGUAAAGAACUCAGUAAGGACUUAUUUUCUGCCAAUGACCAAACAGCCUAGGUUCUCCUUCUUGUGAUUUUUUUUUUUUAAGAGAUAAUGACUAUAUAAUUUAUUUCCACUAAAAACAUUGUGCAGCAUUCCUGUUUAUAGCAGUAACAAUUGUUAAAGCUCACUGUGAUCAAUAUUUUUAUAUCAUGCAAAGUAUGUUUAAAAUAAAAUGAAAAUUGUAUUAUGUAA